CCCGGUCUUGAAGUCUUAGCUAAAGCAAAGACAAAAAAAUUCCAUAGUUCGAACACCUAACAAAAUCAAAACCUUUUAUCCCCACUCUCAUUUCUGAAUUGCGAAUUUUUGCAGAAGCAUACAGCAAAGCAGAAACGAUUAUGGCUUUCCAAGGGAAGAAACUCAUCAACAACCCCAAUGGUUUGAUUUAUUCCUUCUAUUUAUUUCUCAGCAAAUCAAACUAAGGAUGAAGCAAGGAUUUUGCUAAAAUAGAACCAAAAAAGGAAGGCUUUUAGGCAAAAUGAUGUGGUUACUGAAUUUAUUGAGGGUCUUGUUGAAACCUAUCAAGGAUUGCAAUACUUAGAUGGCUUCCCCGAGGUGAAGGUUGUAUUACGUGCUGAUGUUUCAGGUGCAACAUAUGACAAGGUCGCUGUGAUAUCAGGAGGAGGUAGUGGGCAUGAACCUGCACAAGCUGGAUACGUGGGAGAAGGGUUGCUAACAGCUUCAAUUUGUGGAGAUGUUUUUGCUUCUCCUACAGUUGAUUCAAUUUUAGCUGGCAUUCGAGCUGUGACUGGUCCCAUGGGGUGUCUUCUAGUAGUCACGAAUUAUACUGGUGACCGCUUGAAUUUCGGUUUAGCAGCUGAGCAAGCAAGAUCUGAAGGCUAUAAAAUAGAAACUGUAAUUGUUGGAGAUGAUUGUGCAUUACCUAAAUCUCAAGGCAUUGCUGGACGAAGAGGUUUGGCAGGAACAAUCCUUGUUAAUAAGGUUGCUGGAGCUGUGGCUGCUGCUGGCCUUUCUCUUGCUGAUGUUGCUUCAGAGGCAAAACGUGCAUCUGAGGUGGUUGGAACUAUGGGUGUUGCAUUAUCAGUUUGCACAUUGCCUGGUCAGGUCACAUCUGAUCGCUUGGGUUCAGGGAAGAUGGAACUUGGUCUAGGCAUUCAUGGGGAACCUGGUGCUGCUGUGGCAGACCUUCAGCCUGUGGAUGUGGUGGUUACUCACGUUCUUAAGCAAAUAUUGGAAAGUAAUUAUGUUCCAAUUACUCGAGGCAAUAGAGUGGUGGUCAUGAUUAAUGGAUUAGGUGCCACUCCUGUGAUGGAACUAAUGAUUGCAGCUGGAAAGACUGUCCCUAAAUUGCAGCUAGAAUUUGGACUACUUGUUGAAAGAGUGUAUACAGGAUCAUUUAUGACCUCUCUCGAUAUGAAAGGAUUUUCAAUCUCUAUAAUGAAGGUAGAUCAAACUCUGUUGCAACACCUGGAUGCUUCCACUAAGGCUCCACAUUGGCCUGUCGGUUCUGCUGGUAAUCGUCCACCAGCCAAGACUCCAGUUCCAUUGCCAUCAUCACGUUCAAUGAAGAGUGAUGAGUUAUUAAGUCGGCCACUGCAGCUUACUGAACAGGGCCAUAUUCUUGAAGUGGCUAUUGAGGCAGCUGUAAAUGCCAUAAUCAAUAUGAGAGAUAUUUUGAAUGAUUGGGAUAGCACAAUCGGUGAUGGUGACUGCGGGUCAGCAAUUAAUUUGCUUUUGCAGAUGUAUAAAGGGGCAACAGCAAUCCUUGAUGAUAUGAAAAAAUACUAUCCUUUGAAUAAUGCUGCAGAAACAGUGAAUGAAAUUGGAUCAUCUGUGAGAAGAGCUAUGGGAGGAACUAGUGGGGUCUUAUACACUAUAUUUUGUAAGGCAGCAUAUGCACAGUUGAAAGCAAACUCAGAUUCAACUGUCACAGCAAAGCAAUGGGCUGAAGCACUUGAAGCUGCAGUCGCUGCAGUCAGUAAAUAUGGUGGGGCUAGUACUGGAUAUCGCACGUUAUUGGAUGCUCUUAUUCCUGCAUUAGCAGUUCUUAAGGAGAGGUUAACCAGUGGUGAAGAUUCUUGUACUUCUUUUGUUCUCUCAUCUGAAGCAGCAGUGGCAGGAGCUGGAUCAACUAAAGACAUGCAGGCCCAGGCUGGGCGGUCAAGCUAUGUGUCAGCAGCUAUACUUGCAACAGUUCCGGAUCCUGGAGCGAUGGCAGCAGCUGCGUGGUACAGAGCUGCAGCUUUGGCUGUGAAGGAUAAAUUCCAUCCUUCUUUUAACUCAUCUAUCAAUAAAUCAAAAUCAUAAUAUUCAUUUGUAGUCUUUCUUUAAUCGAAUCUACCAAAGCGUUGCUUUUAUGGCUUUAGCCUUGCUUUUCAAAAGUGUUGUAAAAUAGAAAAUAUGUAUUUAAACUUAAAUUAUAAUAAAAAUAAUAAAAUAAUUAAGUAAA